UGUGGGAUGCCGCCGCUGAUUGGUCCGCUCGGGACGCCGACCCCGCCCAGGUACCGGAGGCCGAGAGAGAAGCCGGGCCGAGUUUCCAGAGGACCGAACUGGGCGCGCGGGGUGGCGGCGGCGCAGGUCUCCUGGCCGAGCCCCCACUUCUGGCUGCUCAUGCCACUGGGACUGGGGCGGCGGAAAAAGGCACCACCUCUGGUGGAAAAUGAAGAGGCGGAGCCAGGCCGGAGCGGACUGGGAGUCGGGGAGCCUGGACCUCUUGGUGGAAGCGGAGCAGGGGAGUCCCAGAUGGGCUUACCCCCACCUCCUGCUGCCCUCCGGCCUCGCCUUGUAUUCCACACCCAGCUGGCCCAUGGUAGUCCCACAGGCCGCAUCGAGGGCUUCACCAAUGUCAAGGAGCUGUAUGGCAAGAUUGCUGAGGCCUUCCGACUACCAGCUGCUGAGGUGAUGUUCUGCACCCUCAACACCCAUAAAGUGGAUAUGGACAAGCUCCUGGGAGGCCAGAUUGGGCUGGAGGACUUCAUCUUUGCCCACGUUAAGGGGCAGCGCAAAGAAGUGGAAGUAUUCAAGUCUGAGGAGGCACUGGGGCUCACCAUCACCGACAACGGGGCCGGCUAUGCCUUCAUUAAGCGCAUCAAGGAAGGCAGUGUGAUUGACCACAUCCAGCUCAUCAGUGUCGGUGACAUGAUUGAAGCCAUCAACGGGCAGAGCCUGCUGGGCUGUCGGCACUAUGAAGUUGCCAGGCUCCUCAAGGAACUUCCCCGAGGCCGCACCUUCACCCUCAAACUCACAGAGCCUCGGAAAGCCUUUGAUAUGAUCAGCCAGCGUUCAGCGGGGGGCCACCCUGCCUCCGGCCUGCAACUGGGCACUGGCCGAGGGACCCUCAGACUCCGAUCCCGGGGUCCUGCCACAGUGGAGGAUCUGCCAUCAGCCUUCGAGGAGAAAGCCAUUGAGAAGGUGGAUGACUUGCUAGAGAGCUACAUGGGGAUCAGAGACACAGAACUGGCUGCCACCAUGGUGGAGCUGGGAAAAGACAAAAGGAACCCAGAUGAACUGGCAGAGGCUCUGGAUGAACGGCUUGGUGACUUCGCAUUCCCAGACGAAUUCGUCUUUGAUGUCUGGGGGGCCAUCGGGGAUGCCAAGGUUGGCCGCUACUAAGACUGGAACUGAACCUGGACCUUGAGAUAACCUGGGCUUGACCUAACUGAGACCUCCAGAAGGGGUCCCACAGCCAAGACCUGAGCAUCCAGCUAGGGCACAUAACCCAGCAGCCUGAGGAUGGCAUGGGGUAGAAGUGGCCUGUGGUCCUGGCCCUACUCCGAUCACAAUGGUGCCCAGCCUGGUUGGGGUCCCCGGCCACCCCCUGGCGGGUUCCCCACCUACCUCAGCAGAGUAAGCGUGUGGGGAGGGACGAGCACACUGGGCAACCAACCACCUCUGUCCCCAACACUUUUCCACUAUCAGCUGGCAAACUGCCCCUUCCUGUCUCCUGAGCCUCAGUUCUGUUCUAGGUUUCCCUACCUUACUUUUUUGCUUUGUUUUUCAAGACAGAGUCUGAUGAUGUGGCUCUGGCUGUCCUGAACUCACUCUGUAGACCGGGCUGGCCUUGAACACACAGAGAUCCGCCUGCAUCUGCCUCCCAGUGCUGGGAUUAAAGGUGUGCACCACCA